AUGGUCAAACAGGCAAUGAUCAAAGGACAGUGUCAGGUCAGUUUUAUAAAACCUACACCAUUUACUAUCUUGCAGAUCUUCAACGACCCCAUUCAUGGUCACAUUGAGCUGCACCCGCUGCUGGUGAAGAUCAUUGACACUCCUCAGUUCCAGAGACUGAGACACAUCAAACAGCUGGGAACUAAAAAUCUGGUGUAUCCUGGAGCCACUCACACUCGCUUUGAACACUCAAUCGGUGUGGCUUAUUUAGCAGGAUGUCUUCUCAAGACUCUACAUGAGAAUCAGCCGGAGCUCAACAUUACUAAACAUGAUUUCCUGUGUGUUCAGAUCGCUGCUCUUUGCCAUGACAUGGGUCAUGGUCCAUUCUCUCAUUUGUUUGAUGGCAUGUUCAUCCCGGAAGUCCAGCCUGAUGGUAAAUGGAAGCACGAGCAGGCGUCUGUUGACAUGUUUCACUGCAUGAGAAAGAAGAAUGGACUGGACAAAGAGAUGGACCGCUUCAGACUGAAUCUAGAUGAAGACAUCAAAUUCAUUGAGGAAUUAAUUCUGAAAGGACAAAAGGAUGGCAAGUUCAAAAUAUUUUCCAUCUUGCAGUGGUCAAUGAAGGGCAGGACUGAGGACAAGUCUUUCCUGUAUGAGAUUGUGGCUAAUAAAGUGAAUGGCGUUGAUGUGGACAAAUGGGACUAUUUGGUUCGAGACUGUUAUUAUCUCGGCAUUCCAUGUGGUUUUGACUCUCAGCGUCUGCUGAAAUCUGCUCGAGUGUGUAACGUGAACGGGAGGAAACACAUCUGCUUCAGAGACAAGGUGGCUGAUAACAUUUAUGGGAUGUUUCACACCAGAUAUACUCUUCAUCGUGAGGCUCUUCAGCACAAGAUCGGCUAUAUCAUUGAUGUCAAGAUCAAAGAUGCCUUCGUACUAGCCAAUAACCAGCUAAAGAUAUCCGAAAAAAAAGAUGACAUGUUAAAGUACACAGAACUCACAGAUCACAUUUUUGAUCAGAUCCUGCACCCAUCAGACUCACACCGUGAUCUGACUGCAGCUCAAUGCAUUCUAGAAGAUAUUGUCGAGAGAAAGCUGCCAAAGUUUGUGGGAGAGGCCCGACUGAAGGAAGAUGGAUUAAGGGAAGAACUGAAGGCCAGAUUAGAAGAGCAGCCUGAUAAAGCCUCCAGGAUUAAAGUGUAUCAGGAAGAACUGAAGAAUAAAUGGGAGAAGGCAAGGAUUGACAGCCCUCUGACAGUUGGGGACUUUGAGAUUCAUGUUCUUGAGAUGGGAUUUGGUGAAGUGGGUAACGAACCCAUAGAUAAUGUUCAUUUCUACAGCAAAAAUGACCUAAAGACAGCCUUUAAGAUGGAGAAGUACCAGGUGUCCAGUCUCAAGCCAAAAAGGUUUCAUGAAUAUCUUAUGAGGGUGUACUACAAGAAAACUGAUGGCAGUUAUCGGGAUGUCCAGCAGAAGGCAGAGAAGAGCUUUCAUGAGUUUUGCAAGAACAAUGAGUUAAUUGAUUUAGUUGUGGAUCUGAAUUAA